AACAGGACCAGUUUCAUGUUUCAGUUCAUCGUUGCCUAGAAAUGGCAAGUCGUUUAAAACCCAACAUGUUUUUUUGUUUUUUUAAGUUGCUAUAGUGCUUUGGAGAAUACUCUAAACGGCUAUAUGAGGGCGAUGUCGUUGUCACUUCAAACUUCCGAAACACUUGCAGUAUAUAAGGAAACCCCAAACUGCAUAAGUCAGCAUCAGUUGUUUCUAUCCUCUCAUCGAUAGUUAUCCAACAUGAAGAUUAUCGUAAUUGCCGUGUUCUUCUGCGUCACUUCCGCUCAAACUGUUUACUACCCAGAGCCAACUUACGAAACUGAAUACCGUCCACAGCCGUACAGUUUCUCAUGGGAAGUCAACGAUGCUCCCUCCUACAAUAAUUUUGCUCACUCUGAGAGUAGCGACGGUAAGGUAGUUUCCGGCUCUUACCGUGUUGCCCUUCCUGAUGGCCGUACGCAGAUUGUCACGUACAAAGAUGACAGUUACGGAUACGUUGCAGAUGUCAAAUACGAAGGCGAAGCUAAAAGUCCAGAGUAUAGACCAUCUUACUCUACCCCUGUCUACAAAGCACCAACCCCGGCCUAUCAGGCUCCAGUCGCACCGGCCUAUAAAGACCCCACUACACCCGUCUACGAAGCUCCAUCCUCGAUAUACAGAGCUCCGGCUACUGUCUACAAAACUCCAGUCUACGAAGCUACUACUCCAUCCUACAAAGCUUCUAUCCCAGUCUACAAAGCUCCUAACCCAGUCUACAAGGUUCCCAUUGUUCCGGCCUAUAAGCCUGCGCUUCCAACCCCCUACGAAGCUCAAUCUUCACCAGCCUAUAAGAUUCCUGAAUACAUCGUUCCUUCCUACAGACCUCAAACAACUGUUGCACCGGUUUACACAACGUCCUCUACACCUUUCACGCCCAUUUACAGGUCACCUGCACCACUACCUAUACUUUACAGGACUCCUGCAAAACAAACGACAUAUUAGUUCUGAAUUUCAACAUAAAUGUCGUGAACAUUAAUUCCUAAUGUGCCACAAUCCUUACAAAACCUAAACCUCGCAAUUAAUUGUAAACGUAGUAGAGUUUGCAUUGUCGUGUGUUUCAAACAUAAUUAGAUGUCAUCAUACGUGUACAUUUACAUUAAUCAAAGCAAUAUAAAAUAUUAUUUUCAA